CCUCGUCCCGAUGUUCAAAAGAAACUUCAUACAUAUAAUACGUUCUUUUAACCAAAAAGUAAUAUUAUAAAGUGUUUCAUUCGGUCCACUGGGGCUUUCAGAGUCGGUUACAAAAAAAAAAUUCUGUUGAGUGCUCCAGUAUCAUGUUCUGAUUUGGACUAAUGUGUGUGCAACAACUCAAUGAUGAAUGAUACGGAACUAGUGAAAUUAUGUGAAAUAAAAAAUAGUAAUAUCACAAUUGAUGGUUUAUAUUGUCCUGGAAGAUUUGACGGAUGGACGUGCUGGCCACCCACCCCGGCGGGUUCCGUAGCACAGCAACCCUGUCCCAGUUUCAUCGCAGGAUUUGAAAUUAGCAAUUCAGUCUAUUAUAAAUGCGAAGAGGAUGGACACUGGAUUUUCAACACGGAAAAAAACUACAGUUGGGUUAAUUACACCACAUGUGUUAACCUUCAGGAUUUAAAUUUUCGCAAAAGUAUUACAAUUGUCAACUCCGUUGGAUAUGGAAUAUCUUUUAUAGCAUUAACAAUAUCACUGGGUCUCUUAUUAUAUUUUAAAUCAUUAAGAUGUGCCAGAAUACUCAUCCAUAUGAACCUAUUUACUUCAUUUGCUGUAAACAACUUCCUGUGGCUUGUGUGGAAUUGUUUAUUGCUUUGUAAACCGGAAAUGCUACAGGAAAAUUCAGAAUGGUGUAUUACGUUGUACAUAAUCCUACAAACGUUUCUCAUAUCGAAUUAUUCGUGGAUGUUGUGUGAAGGUUUAUACCUCCACACAGUGCUCGUUUGGGCCUUUAUAUCGGAAGCUCGUCUAUUUAAAUGGAUGUUGGUGAUUGGAUGGGGGAUACCAUUGUGGAAAAUGAUCAUUCACGUUACUGUUCGCGCUACAUUUGGAAAUGAAAAGGAUCUACUAGAAUGCUGGUCGGUGGAGUCGGAUUUCGACAUAAUCAAGCAAAUUCCAGUCGCGUGCACAAUCAUACUUAACUUAAUUUUUCUACUGAACAUCGUUAGAGUAGUCAUUACAAAGUUGAAAGCUGGGCCAGGCCAUGAGUCAGGAUCGUCUAGGUCGUCUGUUCAAGCUUUAAGAGCAACAUUGUUACUGGUUCCACUUUUGGGUAUCAACUAUUUGCUCAUCCCCGCACGUCCGAACAAGGGUAGUCCGUGGGAGCCUGCCUAUGAGUAUAUUUCGGCAAUAACAACUUCCUUACAGGGUCUCUGUGUGGCGAUUCUUUUCUGCUUCUGUAAUGGGGAGGUACAAGCUCAAGUGAAGAGAAAGUGGAGUACUGCCAUGUUCAGACCCCGGGCAAACUCCUGCACAGUUACUACCGUAUCAUUUGUGCGAUCCACAUAUCCGGCAAAUGGGGAGGAUAAAAUAGGAUUGGGCCGCAGGGCUUCCAGUUGGUUAAAUUCAAGGCGUACUUCCACAAUGGUAAUUAAAAAUAACGAUGAAGGAGCUCAAUGUGUUUAAUUUUAUACAAAUAUUCCAAUUAUAUGUGAAAGUGGAAAAUGGUGAAUUUGCAGCAGAAGUAAAUUAAUAAUAAUAAUUGGAUGGAAAAUAGCACAUCAAUCUAUUGAGUUUAGAAAACGAUUAUUUUGUUUAAUAUGUAUAUAUUUGCCCCUUAAUUUUGU